AUGAGCUGGAGUUUCUUGACGCGGCUACUAGAGGAGAUCCACAACCACUCCACGUUUGUCGGGAAGAUCUGGCUGACCGUGCUGAUCGUCUUCCGCAUCGUCCUCACGGCGGUGGGAGGGGAAUCCAUCUAUUACGACGAGCAGAGCAAGUUUGUGUGCAACACGGAGCAGCCAGGUUGCGAGAACGUUUGCUACGAUGCGUUUGCCCCGCUCUCGCACGUGCGGUUCUGGGUCUUCCAGAUCAUCCUCGUCUCCACCCCCUCGGUGAUGUACCUGGCCUAUGCCAUUCACAAAAUCGCCCGGAUGGUGGACCACGGCGACCCGGAGAGGAAGAUCCGAAGUAAGCCUUUCCCGAUGCGCUGGAGGCAGCACCGGGGCUUAGAGGAGGCCGAGGACGAC